CUAUGCCCUUCUCUAUUAGUUUGCAGUUUUGGCCUAGGAAAUAACUGAUUACAAAAUUAAUUGGUGAAUGCAAAUAGAGAGGCAGCUGAAAUGCUUAGCAUUUCAAAACCCAGGACCUCAAGUAGCUGACUUCAACCCUGAAACUAGAGAACAGAAAAAGAAAGCCCGUAUGUCAAAACUGAACCAAGAAUUUUUUUAUAAACACAAGACUAUGAAGAAGUAUGACAAACAUGAAAGACGCAAUACAGACUUCCGAAUGUUCGGAGACAGAGGAACCUUCCUUCAGCAGUUAUGGCCAGCCAAGCUCAUUCUGCAAGAAGAGCAGAUCUUCAACUGCUACAGGUUUAAUGCUGGCCUUUCAUCAUAUGAGUGGCUGACUAUGCACAAAGUUAAUCCUGUGAGCAUAGUUAUACAAAAAGAAGAGUACAGCAACAUCUACUAUGUAUUUUAUUGA